UUUUUCACCACUGUAUCAGAGCUGGCUGGUUAGCAACAUCAGAAUAUCUCUCUCUCUCUCUGUAUCUGCAACGAGAAGAUAUGACGUCAUCUCAGUUCAACAAAUCAAAGUCUCCCGACAACAAAUACAUGCUUGGAGAUGAAAUUGGUAAAGGAGCUUAUGCUCGAGUUUACAAAGGACUAGACUUGAAGAAUGGUGACUUUGUUGCCAUUAAACAAGUCUCGUUGGAGAAUGUUGUUCAAGAUGAUGAUCUCAACACUAUUAUGCAAGAAAUUGAUCUCUUGAAGAACUUGAACCAUAAGAACAUUGUCAAGUAUAUUGGUUCGUGGAAGACAAAGACUCACCUUCACAUCAUUCUUGAGUAUGUUGAGAAUGGCUCUCUUGCAAACAAUGUUAAACCAAAUAAAUUUGGACCAUUCCCAGAAUCUUUGGUGGCUGUUUACAUUGCUCAGGUCUUGGAAGGUUUAGUGUAUCUUCAUGAGCAGGGUGUCAUACACCGUGAUAUCAAGGGUGCAAAUAUUUUGACCACAAAGGAGGGUCUUGUUAAGCUUGCUGACUUUGGAGUUGCUACUAAACUAAGCGAGUCUGAGUUCAACACUCACUCAGUGGCUGGAUCACCUUACUGGAUGGCUCCUGAGGUUAUUGAAUUGUCUGGAGUUUGUGCUGCUUCUGACAUUUGGAGCGUUGGAUGUACCGUUAUCGAACUUCUUACAUGUGUUCCUCCUUACUUUGAUAUGCAACCCAAUGCAGCUCUGUAUCGUAUUGUUCAGGAUGAUAGCCCUCCUAUUCCUGAUAGUCUUUCUCCAGAUAUUACAGACUUCCUACGACAGUGCUUCAAGAAGGAUUCAAGGCAGAGGCCUGAUGCAAAGACAUUGCUCUCUCACCCUUGGAUAAGGAACUCUAGACAGGCAUUGCAGUCCUCACUUCGGAAUAAAGGAACUAUUAAAUAUAUGAAAGAAGCCGCUGCAAGUUCAGAGAAGGAUGAUGAAGGAAGUCAACUUUCAGCAGAAAAAGCUGGGAUGUCAAAAACUAAGGCAUCUGAACAUGAUGAAGUACCUGGAAAUCUUGAAACCGAAGAUUCCAUCCAGGUGGACCAGCCAUCACAUAGUCUUGGCCAAAAAGAUGAAGAUCACAUGCUUAGAAAGGCUGUGAAAACUCCAUCAAGCGUUGGUGGGAAUGAACUAAGUAGAUUUAGUGAUCCUCCUCCUGGGAAUGCUUCUUUGCUUCCCAAGGGAAAAUUUAAUGAAGCCUCAACAUCAAUGCCUCCAUCACAUGAAAUCCAUGGUGGUGAUUCUCCUGUCGCAGAUGGUGGAAAGAUUGGUGUUUGUGAUCCUUGCCUCUUAAUGAUGGGUGUUUUGAAAGAUGUUAUUGACAUUGAUGGCUUGGUAACUGAUGAAAAUGUACCCGCAGAAAAUCUUCACCCUCUGCAGGCAGUGGAGUUCAGCAGAUUGGUGAGCUCCUUAAGGCCAGAUGAAUCAGAAGAUGCAAUAGGUUCUUCCUGUGAGAAACUUGCUGUCAUGUUUCGUCAGAGACCUGAACAGAAGACAGUAUUUGUGACACAGCAUGGUUUCCUCCCUCUGAUGGAUCUACUCCAUGUUCCUAAACCUCCAGUAAUAUAUGCCGUGCUGCAGCUGAUAAACGAAGUUGUUAAAGAUAACACUGAGUUCCAGGAAAAUGCUUGUCUUGUUGGUCUUAUACCUGUGGUAAUGAGUUUUGCUGGUCCUGGUCCUGAUCCUGAGAGGAAUCAUUCUCAAGGAAUACGUAUGGAAGCAGCUUACUUCUUGCUGCAGCUUUGUCAAUCAAGCUCCACAACAUUGCAAAUGUUCAUAGCUUGUGGUGGAAUACCAGUUUUGGUUGGAUUUAUCGAAGCAGAUUAUGCCAAACACAGGGAGAUGGUUCACUUAGCUAUUGAUGGGAUGUGGCAUGUAUUCAAACACAAAAUGUCCACGCCGUUAAAUGACCUCUGCCGUAUAGCUGCAAAGAAUGGAGUUCUUCCUAGGCUGAUCAACACUCUUGUUAGCUUGAAUGAAACAACCAGGCUGGCUUUUAUAUCAGGAGGUCCACUGAGUGUGGAUGGUCAAGCUCCACAAGCUCGCUCUGGUCAGCUUGAUCAGCCUGAGUCUUCACUCAGUGUGAUUGAUCAGCCUGAUGUGUUGAAAACAAGUCAUGGUGGUGGUGAAGAGCCUUCUCAUGCUUCAACUUCAACUUCUCAAAGAACAGAUAUUCAUCAACCUAGAUUGAGCAGUGUUGCAGAAGAAAAAGCUAGACCUGGAAGUACCACAUCGUCUUGUUCACUUGCCCAUAUAUUCUCUGGAGAUGUUGCAAGUGAAUACUUGGAGAAAGCGGCUGAUCUUCUUCUUGUAUUUGCUACUGCUGAUACAACAGUCAAGUCACACAUGUGCAGCCAAAGCUUACUCAGUCUUCUUUUCAACAUGUUCAACCGUGUAGAACCUCAUAUUCUGUUAAAGAUACUGGAGUGCAUCAAUCAUUUAUCCACUGAUCCAAAUUGCUUAGAGACUCUUCAGCGUUCAGAUGCAAUCAAACAUUUGAUCCCUAACCUUGACCUUAAAGAAGGGAAUCUUGUUUAUCAGAUCCAUCACGAGGUGCUUAGUGCACUAUUCAACCUGUGCAAGAUCAACAAGGGGAGGCAAGAACAAGCAGCUGAGCAGGGAAUCAUACCGCACCUGAUGCUUAUCAUCAUGUCGGACUCUUCUCUGAAACAAUAUGCACUGCCACUCCUAUGUGAUAUGGCUCAUGCAUCUCCGAGCUCAAGAGAGCAGUUAAGAGCUCACGGCGGUCUGGACGUGUACAUGAGUUUGCUUGAUGAUGAAUCUUGGUCUGUAACAGCGUUGGAUUCGCUUGCCAUUUGCUUGGCGCAUGACAAUGAGAGUAGCCACAAGGUGGAGCAGGCGUUGCUCAAGAAGGAUGCGGUUCAGAAGUUAGUUAACUUCUUCAAGAGCUGCCCUGAGAGACACUUUGUGCAUAUAUUGGAGCCGUUCUUGAAGAUUAUAACGAAAUCGUAUAGGAUCAACAAGACACUAGCUGUGAAUGGAUUGACUUCGUUGCUUGUUUCAAGGCUAGACCAUCAAGAUGCCAUUGUUAGACUUAAUCUCCUGAAACUCAUCAAGGCUGUGUACGAGCACCAUCCAAAGCCAAAACAGCUGAUAGUAGAGAACGGCCUACCUCAAAAGCUGCAAGUUCUGAUAGAAGAAAGACGUGAUGGACAAAGUUCAGGAGGGCAAGUUCUGGUGAAGCAACUGGCUACCUCUCUGCUCAAAGCACUCUACAUCAACACAGUUUUGUGACUGUACAUUCACUCCCAUUUUUGCAAGAAGAAUUCACCCAAAAGUGUAUAUCUUCUUCUUCUUUAUUUUAAAACAUGAUUUCACCUGAGGAUGGUGGCGAUUGAUUGAAAACUUUAAAAUGUUAGCUUGUGUUGCACUCUUGGGUUAUUUUAGUACCUAGAGAUGCCAACGCCUCAGGUUUUUUGGGGGGUAAUAUGUUGAAGUAUUAGUAUGUUUAAAAGAUUUUGGUUUGUGAUAUAUUUUAAAAAUGAAUGGAGAAGCUAUUUUGUAAGCAAAUUGUUCUAUAUUCAACAUUCACAAGCUACUCCAAAAUUUUUAUGUGGUAACUUAUAUUCAGCCAAUCAAAAGAAAAGUUUGUAUUCCUUUUUUUGAAUGAAUGUAUUCAUCUUUACCUUUUGCUUAAGAGGAUUGGCUUCCAUCAUCCACUCUUUUUUUCAUUAGCCGGCCGUAAAGAUGAAUUAUGAAUACAAAUAAAUUUAUGAACAUGGAGAACAUUCUGAAAAGAAGGAGGAAAAAAAAGCAAAAUACUAUUAAAACCAUACAAAGUGGCGGCCACUUACAAAAUUACAGGUAUUCAUCCAAGUACACAAGCAUGGAACUGAUAGAGAAAAAACUAAAAGUAUGGUCCCAUCAUUGCUUUUGUGCAUCUCACAUGGCUUAACAUGUUAGUGUCUGCUUACCAUCAUCCCAUAGUCCGAAUAUAUACCUUUUGUUUAUUCUAUUGCUCAAGUUGAUCUGAAACUCUAGCUAAUGUUAACCUAAUAUGUCUUUGAAGCUAGAUUUCGGUUACGUUUCAACUCUUAGCUAGUUAUAUGAAUAUCAAAACUGACUAGAUGUCUUUUUAGGGUACGAUUUACAGUUACUCCCACUUUUGAGUUUAAAUGCAAGUUUGAUACACCUACUUAAGGUUGCGAGAGAUGCCUCUCCUAAUUUUACCACCGUUGGGAUUUAUUGUCCCCAUAAAUUUUCUUCUGUUCGUUAUAUUCUAUAUUGUGAAAAGUUAUUCCACUAGAAUUUUAUCGGGUACACUCCAAGGCCAUACGUGAUAUGUCGAUAAGAACAAUGCUGAUACUGACCAGUGACCACAAAUAAUUCAACGACACCAAGACCCUCCAAAAUUUCACAGCUCAUCGCAUCAUUGCU